AUGACUGGAAGUGAAGGCGCACGUGAAGUUGGACGCGAGGGUCAGGAACGCAGUGAGGCGUCACGCUCGUCGCGUCGAGUGCAGGGGUUGCUGCCUGAAGAGCAGGAGUCUCUGGAAAAAUUGGAGAAGACUGCUCGGAAGUCGCGCGCUGCGAAGCGCAAGGCAGCCCGAGAGGCGAAGUCGGCAGCGGGAUCUGAGACGACUGCUGAAGCUGGAAGUUCGGGGGCGCACCAAGUGACUCCGGAUGAAGCUUCGGACGAGGUUUCGGGAAACCAAGCCGACUUAAAGUCGACCGACUCGGUUCGAGAUCCGGUUGGCGAGGACGAGUCCAACCAGGACGAGUCCGAAGAGGCGUCUGCGGGAGGCGCCGACAAGGUUGAGCCCCCAGCUGAGGAUCGAGUUUCGGAUUCUCCUCAGCCGGAAGAAGAAGUCGAAGCUCUGGAUUCUGGAGUGCCGACGAUCAAGGAGGAAGAUGUCAUUGAUCUGACUGGAGAUGACCGAGCUGAAGGACCGACUGAAGAAGUGUCUGGGGCGCUGGAGGCGUUGAUGACGGAGGGUGAAGCCAAGACUUACGUGGCUGAUCAAGUUCGACGUUGGGAACGGGACGAGUCCGAAAGUGUCCCUCCGACUGUGAAGACUGACUGGACACCGGGAAGUUUGGAUUCCGGAUCGUACGUCUCUGCUGCUCUGAUGACUUCGGUGUAUCUGGAUCGGCGCAUGGCGAUGGCGAGUCAGGCCGACGCUUGGAUUUCGGAGAUGCAGCUCAAGCGGGUAUCGUUUGGAGCCGCCCAAGAUCUGAACGCCGUCCUGAUCCCGCCUGGAUUGUUUUUUCCGUGA